AAACACAGAGAAAGACGAAGCCAUACUUGCGAAAUUCAAAAAUCCCCAGAGAAGAAAUUCCAAGAGAGAGAGAGGCGUCAAAUUCGUCUGAGGAUGGAGCAGGCGCCGGGAGAAACGGCAGUGAAAUCGGAAGUUUCGAUAAAGGAUCAGAACCCGGAGGCAAGCGUUGAUCCGAAACCGGUGGAUCAGGGGCUGAAAGGAGCCGAUGUUGCGAGUUCUGUGGUGGUCUUAUCCGAGGAACCUACGUUAAAAAUUGGAAUCGAGACGAAGGAAGAUCAAGUGCCGGCUCGAUCGACAAUGGAGUCUGUGAAAGAUGUGAUUGGGAGAUGGGGAAGGAGAGUCGGAGAAGCAGCGAUGAAGGCUGAGAGCCUUGCCGGUAACACGUGGCAGCACCUGAAAACAGCACCGAGUUUUGCGGAUGCUGCAAUGGGAAGAAUAGCACAGAGUACAAAAGUGAUAGCAGAAGGAGGAUACGAGAAAAUUUUCAGGCAAACCUUUGAAACAGCUACAGAGGAGCAGCUGCAAGAUUCAUACGCAUGCUACUUGUCAACAUCAGCUGGUCCGGUCAUGGGCGUUCUUUACAUUUCCACCUCCAAGCUUGCCUACUGUAGCGAUAACCCUCUCUCUUACAAAGCUUCUGGUCAAACUGAAUGGAGCUAUUAUAAGCUAGUCAUCCCACUAUAUCAGCUUAAAUCGGUGAACCCUUCUACGAGCACGGUGAAUCCCGCGGAGAAGUACGUGCAGGUAAUCUCGGUCGAUGAUCAUGAGUUUUGGUUCAUGGGUUUCUUAAACUACCAAGGCGCUGUUACAUCUCUGCAAUAUACUUUGCAAGACGGUGCCUUACAGUCAGUGUGA